AUGGCGGACUCCUCCGUUGCCGUUGCCUUCGCCCUCGCCCUCGCCGUCUUUGUUGAGCUCAUUCUCGCCGGAGAUUCUUCAGCCAGGGAGCUCCGGCCAUCGGAUCACGGCCUCGUCUUCCAAACCUUGUCACCGGCGGGAGCGCAUUCUUCGCCGGAGAUGAGAUCCUUCUUCAACAACGAGAACUCGUCGCCAACAAUGUCGUCUUCCUCCGACGUGGCGCUUCCCAGGGCAAUGAAUUCCGGCCAAGCCUCGCCGCCGUCGUGGUUUAGAUCUGCCGCCGGCGACCGCGGAGACGGCGUUGGGAAGGCGCUGACGGUGGCGAGCUUGGUGUGUGGGAUGGCAGGCGCGGUUCUGUUAGUGGCUUCAGGUUUGAUUUAUCUGUUUAAGUACCGAAAGCACAAAUUAAACGCAGCGUUUCGUGGUGAUAAUGUUAAUAUUAAUGAGGAUCACGGUGAAAAUAAUGACGACAACAAAUUGCAGUUAGUGGUACGCGACCCUUGA